AUGAUUUGGUUGCUUGCUUUGUCAUUUUACAUCGUUGCCACAGUUUUCGCUACUGAUGAAUAUUCCAGAUCUUCUUACUUCAGAACGGUGGAAAACAGGCGCUUAACAGCACAAGUGGCCAAAACAUUUUAUUCCCCUAGUGUUUUGUCGUGCAGUCAUGCGUGCCUCAGAAAUACUUGGUGUUCCUCUACAAAUUUCAAGAAAGGGACAGGUGGAACAGGAGUAUGUGAGUUGAUUAAGCAUGAGUCCAACUCAACUAACUAUAACAACAAACUCAUACAUCAACCAGGCAACACAUAUACAAUAAUUCUUAAGGUGAGUAAAUGCAACAUUUUAUUUGCGCAAUGCCGUGAGAGAAAUUUUUUACUAUUAAACUUUUUUCACUGGUGUAUCUAACGGAAAGACAAGUCGAACAGUAAUAUUUAUAAGCAGACAACAAUUUGCUAUACAAUCCAAAUAAAAGCUUAAACUUCCGCACGAGCUAGUGACAUUUAACACGUAAACAGUUUUAACCGUUUCGAUGCUGUGUGUUUAUUACCAGAAAGCAUGAUUAUGAUUCUGAAUGGCUGAGAAAUAAUCACAGUUAAGUUGAAACUCCGGCAAUUUCUCCCCUAGAAGGGUACAAGCAAUCGAGAAAACGAUUUCCCUUCCUGCCAUUUUUCUAAAUUAAAACUUCUUUUACUGAUAGGGUUGUCUGAUGACUGGAUGCCUAAAUGGAGGUUCUUGCUUGUUAGACACGAAAAAGGAAUCGUUUUCAUGUUCGUGCAAACUACCAUGGAGUGGGCAGAGAUGCGAAGAAAAAUUGAGUAAGCCUCUAGUACAAAGCGUUUGCACAUAUGUGUUUUUCUGUUUAUUUAUUCAUUUAUUCAUUUUUUUUGUCAUGAGAGAAAAGUCUUGAUGUCCUUACUUCAAGCGUUUUAAUGCUGGUUUCGUUUCUAUCAUUUGUUACUGAGCUCCCCGGUUGACCCGUUGGGGCAAAUUCCUUAAUUAUGGCCUCUAAUGGAUAUGCUGCUGGCUUGGAUUUUUUUAAUGGUCCUUCUGUCUUGAGCAGAGCAUUAAACAAUCGCGAGAAAGUUUUAAAAUAACUCCAAAGCACUUUCAAAAUAAAUUACGUUUUCGCUAACGUCGCCUCCCUGAUUCGUGAAUCACAGGCGCCUUAAGAAGGCGAAAUAACAGUUGUCAUAACAUUCUUCAGACGGCUAAAUUGAAAUUCGUCUGAACGGUUCCAUUAAAAAAUGGUAAGUUAUUUUCCCUCUUCUUCUUCUUCUCUCGACUAAGUUUUCUACCAAGCUUUCACAGAAACGCUCGCUAUAAUACUGAAUGGUCCGUAACUAAGGCUUCAUUCGCCUACUUUAACUUGCUGAUUCUUUUACAUGAGAAAUAAAACGUUGGCUCGGCUAGAAGGUUGACCCGCCUUUUUCGACCCAGCCGGGUCAUAUCGGUCAAGGCGAAACAAUCAGAGCAUGCGCGAGCGUUGUUGUCAGCUCUUGGCUCUGGCAAAGGGUCAACUUCUUUCUCAUAUAAACGCUCGCUAAAAGUGACUCGGUUGGGAGGAUGAUUCUCUUUCCCGGGAAAGCUUAACUCAACGAGGCAUAUGGACAUUACUGUAUCUCAGCUUCUAUUUUCCAUUGGCUUGGAGUCAUAUUACUUUUAAUUAUUCCUUUGUUUUUUUUUUUUCGCUCAGAUUGUCCAGUUGGCUGGUCUACAUAUGGCGACUCGUGUUAUUACCUAAACGGUACAGUGGCACAGAACCAGACAGACGCCCGCAAAGCAUGCCAGGCAAUGGAUGGACACCUCCCAAUAAUCAAAUCAGCAACCGAAGACAAAUUCGUGUUUGAACUGAUAAGAAACAGUGAAACAGUCACAACACUUGGUACCUGGCUUGGGUUAGAGAGAGAUAAGAACAAAAGCAAGUCAUUCCAUUGGAUUGAUAGCUCUCCACUGGAAGGAGGGUUUAAGAACUGGUUUUACAACGAACCGAACAACCAAGGCGGUAAUGAAGACUGCGUCCAUAUGUAUGGAAAGCGAGCUGGCAACAGUACGAGGCCAGGAAAGUGGAAUGACUACCCCUGUAGUUGUUAUAAUAAGCUUCAAAAUUGUCCUGUUAUACUUUGCCAGAAGCCUAAAUACUGA